AUGUCGGCGAGGCUGGCCACUUCGACUUCUGCACUUUCUAUUGCAGUGCAAGAGACGUUGGCCGAUGGGUUGGGAGUGCUGCUUGAAGGCUCUGGUGAGACAUUUCGCUCCUUCACCUAUGGAAAAAUUACUCCGACUUCAUAUACAGAUCCUGAAGUCGUUGCCGUCAAUAAGGCUCUUGCGCGUUUUGGUCAAGCUAUGAUCCAGCCGGGAGCAUACCUUGUAGCGCGAGGGGACUGCAAGGCCAGAUUAGACUGCGUCCGCAAUCACAAUCAUGAUGAUGGCCAUACAAAUGCGCAGGCUCGCCUACAAGAGGAACUCGAGAACGUCGUGGGGCUGCCGACAUUUGAUGAUCAGAAAAUGCUGCCGCAGAUUACCGCGUUCAUGCUCGGGAGUCUCAGGUGGAGACCUGUCGAUCUUGGAGCACUCGAGAAUAUUUAAUAGCUAAUGAGAACUGUGUCAGAUGUCUUUGGCACUGUCGCUAACUGCACUCUCUGGUGCCAGCCAUGAACGCGCCAUUCCUGUGGCAAGUUGCACCCAACUGCACCCCAGUACCUUCCCGGCCAAUUGACUAUUUCGAUUCUACUACUUACUAGCUCCAGACACAUGCCUUGCUACCACCAAUCAACUGUUUUUACUGCUCUCUGCGUGAUUCCUUUUCGUCUUCGAAUGUCAGUGCCGAUGCUUUCCAAACUUGGACGGGCCCGGGA